GAGGCUAGAAAGCAUGUAGGGAGUUCAUGAACGUUGCUUGUCUCCUCCUGCAGUCACUGCAGAGUGCACACAGCCUGCUGGGGGAAGGAUCCCAAACUGCUGGACACAGCAUGACCGUCCCGCAUCUGGAAAACCUUACUGGUGUCACACAACUCGUGACAGUGAGUUAAGACUUCCUGCUGGAAGACAGAAGAAUGGGAAGUUGAGGUAACGAAGACCACAGUGCUCCAAAUCUAAGUCCUGACUCUCGGGACAUUAGAUUCCUCAUGUGCAUAUGAUCACUGAGAGGACUGAGAUAUGACCUAGGUUAUGUCCAGCCUUCUUGUGACUACUUGUUGGAAAGCACAAGAGGUUUUUAAGGGAAAUGCAGAAAAAAAGAUAGAUGUGACCAUUCUUUCUUUAAGAAAAUAUAUAUUAUUUUUCUAGUGUUCUAACUACUGUGGUCACAAUUCACACAAGCAUAACAGCUGCUGCGCACCAAUAAACAGUGCUAAAGGAGCUUACAAUUAAUGUCACGAGCAAGUUAAGCACGUUAAUAAAGUGGCACAAAGACACAAUGGCUGGCUUGCACUGAGUGAGGAACAGGAAAAAUAGACCUCUGGGCCAGAGCUAAUGCUUUGUAAAUUGUAUGUUGGUACGUAGUGGUGGAGCGGUGUAGGAAGAGCUGGUUUGCUGCUUGCUGUCGAGAUGGCCCGAUAUAGUCCUUUCUCAGGCCUUAUGGUCGCUGGUGACUUUGCCAAGCUUUCACCGCUUGGGUUGGAAUUUACAAUGGCAAACGCUGGCAUCCAGCAGAGCAACCAGAAAGUUUCUUAACCUAAACAGUGGGUUGCUUUCUAAAACAAGGCUGGGCAAAAAUAGUCUCUUCCUGUGCUUGUUCUUCCAGUUGUUUGGCUGAGUUGUGCUAGUUCCUGCUCCCCUCGUGGCCCUUGGGAAGGUGUAAAUUGGGAGGAAGGUUUUUUGGUUUGUUUUCUGUGUUUGGGAAAGUUUGGUCAGUUUUAAAGUUCUGAAAGAUUGUCUUCUGAAUCAGAUGACUGUUACAGAGUAGGCCCUUGCGUUUCCUACCUGGCAACCAACCUGCAUGUGUCCCAUCCCCACCACUAUGUUUAGGUAGACUGGAGGCUGGAGCUGGCGAAAGGAUGCAAGAAGGGCAAAGCAAUAGAAAUCCUAAGAUGAGGACUAGGAACUCUUGAGUUUGAACAUAAAUUAGUAGUUGACGACAGGGUGUUAGGGCUGGCUGAGCAAGGGACUAUGAAGGGGGAGAACUGAGCAGAGAAUACGGGGGGAGGUAGAGGUAACAAGCAAAACGAGACAUAGAAGCAAAUGUUAAGCAUAGACAAGAAGUUUGUAGAUGAAGGCUUAAGCAUAAAAAGAUUACAGCUGGAUAACCUUAAUCCUCCUAUUUCUUAAUGUCUGAAUACUUGGCUUUGCAUCCUGAACAGUCUUUUCAUGUGUAAGAAACACUGAGAGACCAUUUGGAGGCAGCCGUUGCAGAUACUUCAGGAUACUCUUUGAGACGCAAAUGAGUGCAAUGUUUAUUAGGAAGCUUCUGAGGAUUCAGAGAUUUAUGAUUAGAAAAGAAAUCAGAUAAAUGUAUCGGAAUAGGUUAAGCAACACUGUGUAUUGCAGGGUUAGUUGGCUGGAAACACAAAUCUAAUGAUUCAUUAGGUUUUGCGUGAUACAACUGGCUAUCGGCCAAAGGUUCCCCUGUCUGAAAAAUAACAGCCGCCUUUUUACUACCAAGGUAAAUCAAUUGUGCUAUGCAGUGUGAUGAGCUGACAAUAAGGCUGGAAAAUUGAAUAGAAACAGCAGGCACUUCUCACUGCAUUCAUAGCAUGAGCAUUGCUAAAUAUGAUUUUGAUUACAGCAGAACGUACAAGCUCCGGUUGUAGAACUAGCUCCCCUGUGGCCAGCAACUGCACAAAUGCAUAAAAAUGAUGCUUCUUCAGGGUAAGCAGUGAUGUUCCUUGUCCUACUCUUACCUUAUCUGGCAGCAGAGAUUUUUAAGGAGAACAAAAAGGAGUCUUAUAGUCUUCUGUUGACUUCCUGCAAACUAUUUUAGAGUAAUUCCUGCCUUAAAUCUUCUGGUUGAGCCACAGUGUGUGUUUUAGCAGUCUUGCUACCAAAGUUUAAAGCAACUGGCAGACCCACCAUGUUCCUAGGUGAGGAAACUAAUUACUCAGAAGUCUUUUCCUUGUGGAGGUCUGUGUUGACAGUGAUCAAGGGGCUGUUGGUUAUUGAAAAUGGAAGAAACAAGGAAGCUCUCUCCAAAGCCAUGUAAAAGCAAAGAACCUGUGAAAACAGAAUGGGGGUCUCAGAGUGUUGUAUUUACAUAUUUCCAAGGGGAUAUUAACAGUGUGGUAGAUGAACAUUUUUCUAGAGCUCUAAGCAAUGCCAAGAACCCACAAGACCUGAGCACAAAGCACAAAGGCGAGACUGUUGUGCUGAAGAAUGUAGAUAACAUGUCUCCCCAUCAGUGGAAUUUCUCUUCACAUUGCUCCAAACCAUAUCCGUCAUCUUCUGCAACAAGCAUGUCAAAUUCUGGUCUGAAUUUUUCUGCUGCGGGUAUGGCAGGCCAGUACCAGCCACCAGCUCUGCGGAGUCAUCCAACUCAACCUGCAGAUUUAUGGUCCUUCCCUUCAAUUGGGACUCCCAGCCUUACCAGUUCGGUAUAUCAUCAUGCCUUGCCUGACCUGCACGUGGUAGAUGAACCAAUCUCUGACAGGAAAUACAGUUCUCUUCUUGGUCUCCUGCAACAGGAAAGGUGCUUAACAUCCAUGCAAGAAUGUACCAUGAAGCAACACUCAAGUUCUGCUUGUAUGACUGGACCUGCUAGGUUUCAAAAUAUAAGUCAAAGUUCAGCUCCUGGGGGAGAGAGGAAAGCAAGCUCUUACCAAGGCUCAGAAAAUCCCAGCGUAAGCCAUGCCACUGCAGGUAUUCAGAUUCAUGACAGAAGACGAGAUUUGUACUUCUAGCAACUGGAUGUUUCUACUUUAUUCUGAAAGAGGAAGUUUUUGCUGUGAACUUUUGUUGUUUGCAACUGUGAAUCAAGAAGAAAUGAACUGCAGCUAUUCUGUGCUUUUCCUCUCAGUUGGAAGAAUACGUGUACUAUUUACUAUUUAGGGAAUGAAAAAUCAUCUUUUUCUAGUCAGUAAAUAACUUCUAAUAGCUGUGGUAUUAAACCUGACAGUAUGUUUGUUGUGAAGAAAUAUUGUCUACUUAAGGCUUUUCAUGUAGCCCUCUCCAAAAGGACUCUUAGCACCUUUUAAUCUUUCUGGGUUUUUUCAUUUACCAUCUCUUGAUGAGAAGAACAAUUCUUAUCAAUGAGGUUAAUAACUGAUAACUGCAGGUUUGCAGUUAGCAUAAAUUCAGUGCUGCAGCUUCUUAUCUUGAUUUGAUAUCUCUAUAUUGUUUAAAAUAGUCUUAGACCAUGGGCAAGAGACUUCAAGACAACCACAGGUCAGCAAAGCACGUUAUCAUAUUUAUGUUUUGGAAGUCCAGUAAUUUGUAACCAUACUUGCAAUUCACAGGGGCAUUCUUCAGAAACUAUAUAAUAUGCAUAUGCCCGAAGGCUCUGGUUUGCUCUCUCAUAAUGUAUAAUCAUUCUCUCGAUAACAGUGAAUUAACGUGAGAUCUGGGAGGAAAUCUGGGUCCUCACUGGAUGCGAUUAAAAUACCACUGAGCAAAAAGCUGGAGGUGGGAAUGGUCUAUUUUCCCAGGCUCUCUGCAGGUAUAAAAGGUUGUUUUUCUAAAUAAACUCUGUGUGGUUGAAUUUUAAAUUAUUGAGCUUGAAGGGCUGUUGCCAGAACAAGCAAAAAAAAUCCCUCUGCUCGAGGUAACUGCAUCCCACUGACCUCAGAAUGGCUAAAUGAGGGUCAUCUCGAUGCUCCUCCAUGCAGCAGAAGUGGCAGCCAUGAACUGUGCAUCGAUCCUGCGCGGUCAGAUCCCCACCUUGCUUCACCACUUGCCCUUGGCAAAUACGUUUGCUGAAGCUACUGUGAGUAAAGCCUCAUGUGACUGGUGUUUAGGUUUGUAUAUGUAAUCCUUUACUGUAAAUCCUAAGGAUAAAAAAGAUUUCAGUUUAUUUUUUCCUUCUUCGUUAGCUAUACAUUAGUUUAAUAUGAAGGAGCACAAUUAACUUUAUCUGACAGCUCCACACAGCUGCUUAAGGAAAAAGUUGACCUUUCAAGAUCCUAGGGCUUGUGAUUUAUAGGACAAAUCCUUAGCUGGUGUGUUUGUGGCUCUGUUUACACCAUAUAUCUACGCUGCCAGUGGUCUACUUCAGUUAUAACACCUUGUGUAAUUUUAUAAAUAAUUCGAGUUCAGCAACUUUAGAUGCUUAUGAUUCUGAUUUUAAAAGAAAAAUUUUAAAAAAUCCUAUCAUACAAACUUGCUCUAGCAUAUACAUGAGCUAGACCACCUGAGAUCACGUACAGGAGGAUCCAUCUUAAUUAAAUUAAUAAAAGGUAGACCAACAUCCCGUCUUCCUAUAGGUAACCACUGAAAAAUCACUCAUUUUUAAUAUUUCUGCAAAAUUAUCUUUUAAGUUUAGGAAUACCUCUCCAAUUAGUUUUCUUUAGUCAUCCACAAACCCCUUAAUUCUCUGAUUUUUGAGGCCACAUGGUAAUAUAAUCUGACUUCCUCUGUGGGCCAAAGCAAAGAUUUCCAAGCUGUACUGCCUACAUCUGUCUUACUAGUGUGUGUUGUAAUUCUAGUCAAGUUAUUGCUUCAAAAUACUGAAAAAUUAUUUUUGUCUCCCUCUGCCAUACCUCCUAAAAGAAAAUACUUAAAUAAUUUAUCUAUAAGGUCUGAAAAGACGUGUAACCGUAUAUUUAAAUGCUCUUAAAAUGUAGUGCUUCUUGGAACAGUCUGGUCCUGUGCAUGUCACAGCUGGAAAUUUUCAAGGUGUUUUAUAAAACUCGUGUUUCUGGUGAAUCAGCCAAGUGGGUUUGGACACUGGGGAGGAAAAAUACUGCUGUUUUUAAAUGCGUGUCACUUAUUGCAAGGACACAAGGCAUCACCGAUUCUGCCUUGACGUGGGAACACUUUGAGCCAUCGCUGCAAGGUUUGGCAAUGCCGCGUCCUUGCCAUCCGGCUGAGCAGCAGACCCGGGGGAAGGGAGCAAGUGCCUGAGCAGCCCAAGGGCUGGGGUCUUAUCCUGGACCCCACUCACCCGCGCUGAAAGCCGGGCAUGCAGGUGCUUGCUCUCUUCCCCGGCUGGUGGAAGAAUGAUGACGUUGGGGCAGAGGGCUGGGGGACAGCAGCUGUCCUGCUCCGUUGUUUUGUCUUACACCAC